AACUUCAACUUCAAUCAAUUUUAAUACACGUCAAACACAAUGCAAAUUCAACAAGUUAUUGCCUCUUUCCUCGCUUCAUCCUCUGUUCUCUUCAACGGUGAAUCUUCUGAAUCCCAAGAGGUUUCAUCCCCUAAGGAGGACUUUGUUGCUGUUGACUCCAACGAUGUUGAGAUCUUGAAGGACGUCAAGUACUCUUCAAACAAGUCCAACCAUUCCAACGAUACUUCUUCCAAUGCCGCUGCUGGUGUCGCUGUCUCCAACGUUGGCUCAUUCGCCGUCGUUGCUGGUUUGGUUGCUUUCUUGUUGUAAUCUCGCUCUCAUAUUCAUUGUUAACUGAGUGAGUUCGUGGUGUGUGUGUGUGGGACGCGUUUUUUUAAGGGGGUGCGUGUGGUUGUAUAUCAGGCAGCCCACAUGGUUUUUUUAAAAUUGAUUGUUCUUGACACCUCUGUCUCUUUUCAAGUUCUAUCAUAUGAAUAGAGAAGAUGGCAAGGAAGAAACAAUUGAAGUCCAAUUGUACGCGUUUUAUCCUUUCCCCCCUCUAAUAUGCUUCUUUUUUAUAUACAAUAAAAGUUUUAUGAGGAUAAUAAUCAAGUGGUGCAGUUCCAAGCUAAUUCAUCCUUAUCAAAAACUAUGGGUAAUUGGCUUGAAAUGUAUAGCUUGUGCUGUCCUUAGUUUACACCUUUCGAAUAAUACAUUUCUUUCAUUUUCAA